UGGGCGGGGUAUGCCUGGACCCUCUUCAGGAUUUCUCUGACUUCAAUGUUGACAUUCAGCAGGUGGAUAAACCAAGGGUUAAUUAGCGAAUCAAACGUCUGUCAGCACCACUUGUUUUAGCUUUAAUGAGAUUGAACUGGCAACAACGGAAUUUAAUAUGUAAGGUUUAACAUACAACGCGCAGAUAUAUUAAUAAACGCACAAGAGUCAUAUAAAUGCAGGUCACGGUAGAUCCAAGAAUCAAACAUGGCGACUCCCAUGGAACUGAGAUGCUGGGGAGGCGAUUGGGACCUGCCCUCUGUGCAUUUUGAAUCACUAAUUGUUCUGGCCUAUGGGAAAUUUGCAGGUGCAAAGAUCUCUGUUAAGCCCAUUGACUGGACAUGGAGGACAAUUACAGCCACUGUUCCAGAACUCCACUUCGAUGGAUGCACUGUAAUAGAGCCCACGAAAAUACUCAACUUCCUCAGAAAACAGAGGUUGAAUGCUGACUAUGAACUGACAGCCAAACAGGGUGCUGAUACCAUGGCCUACAUUGCACUGCUGGAAGAGAAGUUAAGACCAGCACUGCUGCACACAUUCUGGGUGGAUGCGGAAAACUACAUCAACCUGACGAGGCCGUGGUUCGCAUCACACUCUCCCUUCCCUCUCAACUUCUUCGUCCCGGGACGACAGGCCAGUCUGGCGCUUUCCCGCAUCAUGCUCACCAAAGGAGAGUCUCCUUACUGCACCUUGACAGAGGUGGAGGGAAAGAUUUACAGCGACGCCAAGGAGUGCCUGAACUUGCUGUCACAUCGAUUGGGUACCUCACAGUAUUUCUUUGGAAACACGCCUACAAGCCUUGAUGCCUUUGUGUUUGGGUACAUCGCCCCCCUUCAUAAAGCCCCUCUCUCCAGCGGGCAGCUUCAACAGCACCUCAAACAGCUGAGCAACCUCUGCCAAUUCUGCAAUGUCGUCCUCAAGAACUUCUUCACAGAGAAUCCGCCCGAGCCUCCUCCUGCUAUUCAGGAGCCAGUAGAUGCAAACCUUCAGAAACUAACACAGCUGGUCAACAAGGAGUCUAACCUUAUUGAGAAGAUGGAUGACAACCUGCGGAGCAGUCCUCAGCACCGUCCCCACAGGUCCGACCACAGGCCGGCAGCCAGGUCCAAAAACUCCACACCAGCCUAACGCCCUCUGUGGCUGGAGAACCUUCCAAAAAACCGUCCCUGUCCCCCACUUCACCCCACCCUCCUCAUCACAGUGGCAUUCCGCAACAGAUUCACUGAGCUUCUGCAAUUACUCCCACAAACUUGCUGUGUGGUGUGCAGACAAACUGUCUUCUUGCUGCUGCCUGUCCAUGCUGUGGACUCUCUUUUGACCACUUGUGAGGGUAGUGCAGAUCUGUUGCCAGUGUGUUUGAACAAGGAACCUAAACAUUCUGUCCAAAGCACAUAGCAUAGCUUAUUUGGCUAUAUUCCUAGUAUUCUUACUGCAAUUCCCAUAGCUGGUAAGUUUAGAAUGGAAUCCCAUUAGUUUUAGGGAAAGGUAUCUAGAUUACAUGUGUAAUAUCUAAUUAGCAAAUACUGUAUAAAAGGGAUGAUACUUAUGAGGUACAGUCUUUUGAUGUAUGAAACAUGAAAGACAAGUGAAAAACUAUAUGAAUUUGAUCAUAAUAAUUGGCAUGUUCAGCUUCAUGUAAUCUCUCCAUUCUGAAGUUCUGUCUGAUGCAGGGGAGGACUGUGUUGGCUGCCUACUGAAUUGUUUUUAUACCAUGUGUGCUGCUCCAUACUUAUGCAUGAGACCUUUAUAUUGAGAUUUAGAGGUAAGGCAACAUUUAAACAAUGCUCUGAUAUACUGUACAUUUACUACAACAUUGUCUGCAUCAGGUUUUUAUCUACAAGCACUGUUAAGGACAUUAAACAUGGGUUAACAAAACGAAACCAGUUUUCAAAAUUCAAAAGUGGACCAGACAAAUGUUGACAAGGCAUCAACACCUUUUAAGCCUUGUGAAAAAGAUAAUCCUUGACCCAAUAUAGGGUGUAAUUGUGUGCUGUAUUUUUAGAAAAAAAAAUAUAUAUAUAAAUAAAAUGUUGAAGAUGACGGGGCAUUUCAAUAGCAACAAUCGCACAAAUGAAUGAAAAUCAUGCAGUGUAUGGGGUAUACAGCUUGCAAUUCAGUGUAUUUUUUGGGCAAUUGGAAAAAAAGGGCUUUUGCUAAAAUACCAUGCAGUUUGUUUCCACAGUUAUGUGGCCAUAGUUUCUGCAUGGCAGUAAAGCCAAGUAUAAGUAUAUAAGUAUAAGUAUAUAUACUCUUUUGAUCCCGUGAGGGAAAUUUGGUCUCUGCAUUUAUCCCAAUCCGUGAAUUAGUGAAACACACUCCGGUUACAUGUCCGAAGUGCUAACCAGUAGGCCACGGCUGCCCCCCAAGUGUAAAUACUAGCCAUGCUAUAGGCUACAUAAUUAGUUGGAUUCUACAAAAGCUUGAUCCUCUUGUUGCAACAUAUCUUGAAAACAAAACCAACGUGUUAAAGCAGUGUUGUUUUAUAUCAUCAACCUUUAAUGUUUAUCUGAUUGUACUUUAGAAAGUCUCCUUCGACAAUAUUGCGAGUCCCAUGCAGUAUGUCUGCAUUCAUCAUUAGUUUAGCUGAACACAAAAUAUUUUUUCUUUCGCAGUAGGCUUUUGGUAUCAUUGGUUAUUCUCCGAACUGCGUUAUUUGUGUGUCGUUAUGGACUCAGUGGUGUAAGAGGCAGCUGCUAUCUUAACAGGCUGAAUGUUGUGUGUCCUGUGGUGAGCAUGGUGUGCCUUUUGUGAUUUGUUUUGCUUUGCUUUUAUCAAAAGGGAUAUCCUCUUGACCUUGUCUAUACUCAAUCAAAGGCACCAAUAGAUCAGAUUUGGAAAUGGAAUAUCUAUGGUAUGCCUUACAAGAAAAGCUUAACUACCAUAGUCUCAGUUACUGUUCAGAAUAGGACAUGUAUAUUUUCUGCUUUUGAUUUAGCCAACUUUGUGAUUUGAACACACACACAAAUAUUAUGAAUAUGCUUAGUUAAAAUUAUGGUCUGAACCAAAAUCCUACCCUGCUGAGUCUAUACAAUAUUUUGAGCGGUCCAAUACCAAAACAAAGCUCUGGGCAGAGGUUGAUUGUUCUAGUCGAUGCCAUUUUGUUCUUCAGCCACUUUCAUCAUUGUACUGCGUCAGUAAUGCACUUUCACUUUGAUUUUAUGUUGUCACUUAACAUAUCAUACAAUAAGAAUGUACAGACUGCUUGAAUUUGUUUGUGUAUUUGUUGUUGUUUUUUGUAAAGUAAUGUAAUGGCCUUUCAUUGUGCACAAUAUGAAGCAGUGGAGUUGGAGAAAUAUAUUCUACCAGGAGCAGGUUUUCAGAGGUGGCAGUAUGUCCUAAUCAAGAGUUAACCUGUUACAUUGGUCGCUGAAUGAGUGCAUGAUGAAAGGCCACAGGGUUUAACACAUUUUAUUUCUUUUAAAUGUUUCAUUAUGUUAUUACACUAUUUUCAGGACUCAUAAAAGAAAGGAAUAUAUGCAAUAAAAUUCUGUAAUUUGUU